CGAGAGCGUCAGUCCACACACUCAGCUUGACUUUUGCAGACAGACCUCCGAGGUCGUGCUUCGCUCAGCAUGGGUCCCAAAGCAACGAAGAAAAAGAAAAACACCAAAGCCGAAAACCUGAAGCUAUUACAAGAGGAGGAGGAGAGACGCCAAAAAGAGGAAGGUACAAAACACAGUGAUGCUAUUUUUACAUGCAGGUGAUACCAACCACAGAGGAAGCCCGUGUGAAACAUGAAAAAGAAGAAAUGGAAAGGCUUGAAAUGGAACGAAUUGAGAAAGAAAAAUGGCAACAACUUGAAGUAAAAGAUCUAGAAAGAAAAAAUGAAGAACUUGAGGAACUUUUUUUGUUAGAGAGGUGCUUUCCUGAAGCAGAGAAGCUGAAACGAAAUAAUAGAUUGCUUUCUCAGUGGAUGCACUACAUUCAAUGUGACGGGAGCCCUGACCCUUCAGUAGCCCAAGAAAUCAAUACUUUCAUUAGCUUGUGGAAAGAGGAAACAGAUGAGACUUUCGAGGAAGUCAUUGCAAAGAGUAAACUAGUGCUACAUUUAAUUAAUAAGUUGAAAUUAACUUUAUUGGAAACUCCACCACAUGAUUUGCAAGAUAAAGAUAUAGCACAGUACCGAGGAUCAAUUCUGGAAAUGCAGGAGCUCCUUCACCUGAAGUUUGAUGUAGCCACAGAACUGCUACUCCGACAAGCUAGUACUUUGGCAGAUCUGGACACUGGAAAUAUGGAAAAAGUCAUUCAAGAUGAAAAUGUUACCCUCUAUGUGUGGGCAAACCUCAAGAAGAACCCAAGGUACAGAAAUAUCAGAUGCAGUGAAAUACGAACUGCAUUUGAAAUUCCAAGGAUAUUAGCAACAAGUGACAUUGCUCUACGACUCCUACAUACUCACUAUGAUCAUGUCACACCACUGCACCCUGUUCCAACAUCAUGUCAACUGCCUACUUCCAUGGAAUCUCACUCUGUCAAAGACGAAGCUAACAAUGUAGAAGGAGCAAUUAGCAAAGAGUUCCAAGAAGAGUACAAACAACCAGAAAAUGAGCGUAACUCAGUCCAGGAGGAAGGAAUAAAAGUUGAAGAACAAGGUGAUACUGAAACACAAAUGGAUUCCACCCAGGAAGAAUCUGAAGACACAAAGUAUAAACUGGAGAUGAAAUUAUUAAGUGAAAUAGUUUCAGCAGCACAGUUGCUGCUGCUGGAGAAUGCUGCUGAAAGGACGUAUUUCUUUGAAGAAAAUGAGGUUGAUAUAUUCCAGUUCACAUCUCUGGGUGGAGUGUACCACUUGGAUAUUUUGGAGCUUCCCCCACAGUGUAAGCCAGUGAAGGGCUGGAUGAUUAUGGAAAUACUCAAAGAAGGAUUACAGAAAUAUGUAUAUCCUCCAGCAACUACAGAAGACCUUGAAACAGAAAAUGCUUUCCCACCUGUAGACGUCAUGCUUGAGGUUCAUAAGAAUGUGAUCUUUUUUGAGAAUCCUACGAUUGCAAGAUGGGAUGCUGAAGGUAAACAUUGGAAAACUGAUGGCAUCAGUAAUGUAUUUUACAAAUCAGGAGAAAGACUUAUAACAUUCAGCCUGGAAAUUUUUGGCCCUAUUACUUUGAUUCAAGAUACUCAUAUUAACAUGCCAUACCAGUCAUGGGAACUAAGACCACUUGACGAGAAUCAAGUACGGUUGACUGUGACUACAGUAUUUACUGAGAUCCACAUACAAAUUAAGGGAGAUCUCUGCAUGUUAGCUUCAAUUAAACUAAAAAAUAAAAGUCAUUACUCUAUUUUGGAAGGAAAAUGGAUGACUCUUUAUUCUUUCAUUAUUGCUUUGAAAGAAGUUGGAUUGAAUAUCUUUCCUACUGCUCACUCUCAUUUUUAUGUUGUUACAAACUAUAAGGUGCCUUUGGUAGAAAUGAAAGCUUAUCGACAAAUGUCCCUGCUAAGUCCUGCUUUUGCGUUUGGUUGGAGCAGGUGGAAUAUGCAAUGUGGUUCUAACAAUGUUGUAUUUAAGGUGAGUGAACACCUUACUAAUGAAGAACCUAUUCAAAACUCGAAUUGGGCUCUUUUAAUGUUUAAUGGUGAUAGAGCACAAAGGCUCAAGAUUGACGAACAUAGUGAGGCUUUCUCUGAAGCUGUUAAAGAAGAAACCGAGUUUCAUUCCACUGUCUAUCACAUGGUUAAAGAUUUUGCUUCUGAAGGAGCAAUGGAGAAAGUUAGGAGCUCCGACUGCCAGUUUAUUGACACUCUCUGCCAUCUGCUCCUCUCGAUUAGAUUACUCAGCUAUUCGUAGUCUCUGCUGAUACAUUUUAUUCAGUAUGAAGAAUCAAG